AUAUACCUAAGGAAUUAGUUUCAUCCACUUAUAAUCUGUAACACUGAUAGUUAAUAAAGCGUUGUUUGGCUACACAAUCAGUAUUGUCGCGACACCAUGGCGGGAAAGGCUGCUUUGGUCUUCUUGCUCGCCUUGAUUGGUGUCUCGGUGUCGGCUGAAUCCCUGUUAUCAUUCCCAGAGGAUGCGAGAAGUGGUGCCCGUAUAGUCUCAGGAUGGGAGGCGGAAGAGGGUCAGUUCCCGUUUCAGCUGUCACUGCGCAUGGUAAACCCCGCAGGGGGGGUCACGGCUUGCGGCGCCUCCAUAGUUCAUCCUGAAUGGGCCAUCACAGCGGCACAUUGUACUGCUACUCGUAUCUCGGUGAUCGUCCGCGCAGGCGCCGUCAACCUAACCAGGCCGUACUAUAUCUUCGAGACUACUGAGUAUUACAAUCACCCCCUUUACAACGAAGCCCUGCAGGGCUUGGUUCAGCCUAAUGAUAUCGGGGUCGUCAGAUUUAACAGACAACUCGUUUUUAAUGAUAGAGUCGCGCCAAUCAGAGUGCAGCGUUCGGAUGACAGGAACCGGAACUACGCCGGCCUCAGGCUCACUGCUAGUGGAUGGGGGCUCACCUGGACUCAGGGCAGUUCACCAGAAAACCUUAACUGGGUGUACCUGAGUGGCACCAGCAAUCCUGAAUGCUCUUCAGCAUUCGGCGGCAGCUCCAUCAUCCAGGAUUCCACGAUUUGCGCCAGAGGGUACAACUUGACCACUCAGUCUACUUGUUCCGGUGACAGCGGCGGUCCACUCACCGUGAUCGAUGAGGACGGCCAGCCUACCCUGGUGGGGGUAGCUUCCUUCGUGUCAGCUGCUGGGUGCCACGCCGAUUUCCCAGCUGGUUUCAUCCGCCCUGGUCACUACCAAGAUUGGUUUUUACAAGUGACAGGCAUAGAUUUUGAUUGGGAUUACGAAGAGCCAACUACGCCACAGCCGGAACCGGAACCUGAGCCAGAACCAGAACCAGAACCAGAACCGGAACCGGAACCUGAACCUGAGCCAGAACCAGAACCGGAACCGGAGCCUGAGCCUGAGCCAGAACCCGAGCCAGAACCCGAGCCAGAACCUGAACCAGAACCUGAGCCAGAACCAGAGCCGGAACCGGAACCGGAACCUGAGCCAGAACCAGAGCCAGAACCAGAACCGGAACCUGAACCAGAACCUGAGCCAGAACCAGAACCUGAGCCAGAACCAGAGCCUGAACCAGAACCGGAACCUGAGCCAGAACCAGAACCCGAACCCGAACCCGAACCCGAACCCGAACCCGAACCCGAACCCGAACCCGAACCCGAACCCGAACCCGAACCCGAACCCGAACCCGAACCCGAACCCGAACCCGAACCCGAACCUGAGCCUGAGCCUGAGCCAGAACCCGAACCAGAAACAGAAGAAAGUGGUGAGAGUUCUGAAACUAAUGAAAGUGAUGAUAGCUCCGAAUCUGAAAGUUCCGAAUCACAGAAUGCUGAAAGUUCGCAAUCGGAAAAUUCCGAAUCCAAUGAAUCGGAACAAGCAGCAAAAUAUAAUAGUUUGAAAUCAAACAGGAUUCGAGCUUUUUGAUCAGUAGUAACAUAUAUGUUUUCAAACUUAUACCUAAAUGAAUUUAACGAAAUGUAAAAUUAAAUAUCUAAUAUAUAGGUACGUAUAAUCACGUCUAGGUAUAUCCCUUGGUAGACAGAGCAAACAGUCCAAAAAGUAUGAAAAGCCACGUUAAUCGUUCAGCUGUAUGAAUAGAAAUACAAAUAAAUAACACUUACAUAAUUAUAUUAAACAAUUUU